AUGGCAGGCGGCGGAGCAGUCAACCGAGGCCCCCACACUGGAUCUGGCACUGAAGCAUCCUUGACCGACCUCAACGGACCGCAACGCAAAUCCCUCCUCUCCAACUUGGAUUUCUCCGAGAUCGCUCGACUUCAAAUCCCGCCUGCAUCCGGUAUCUCCGACUAUGCUAUCUUCGACCGUGACGAUUGUCUCGCCGUUCAAGGCUCCCUCCCUACCUUCACCAAGUCUUUUGGCCCUGAAGAAAUCCGUCAGUUGGUCGACGUCUUCGUCCAAGCCACUGCUCCCAGCGUCACCGAGGAGGAACUCAAGAAGAACAACCGAGAGAUUGAACUAGCUGGCAAAAAGUUCACCAUCUCCGGUCCAAGGGGAGCUCAGUACCCGUUGGAGAUAGCAACUCUGCAUGAGCAGGGAAAGGAGGAGGGUGACGUGUUGUUCGUUGCUACUACGGCUACUUUGUUGGUGGUGUUCAAGGCGGCGGAAGGGGCAAAUGUUCAAGUCAAGACGAAUGAGAAGGAGGGUGUUUGGACUGCGAUUAGAAGCUUUGCUUUUGCGUUGAGUGAGAAGGGUCUCUAA